CUGUAUAAGAUCAACAGCCCCUGUUUAGCUGGUAUGGACUUCGUGUGGGAGGUGUAAUGAUCAAUAAGUCGGGCUCGACUGCUCCCUGCGCGGCGCGCUGUCGUUCUGUCGUCUGCUCGUGGUGUCACAAUGGAACCUUCCCGUUUCUAAUGAUUCUUUCAAGCCUUCCUUGACAGGAGAAUUACCUGCAAGAAUCGCGGCUAAGCAAUAGGUUGCAGUAACAUACGUACGGCGGUCUGCAGAUUCCAAAACUCACCUGGAAUAAAUUUAGCUCACCUGUUGAUUUCUAGCCAGGUGUUGAAGCUCAGGUGAUCAGAUUUGGCAAUCUUGAGACAAUUAUUUUCGCCAAAUACAUUUGAAGCUUCUGCAAUCUCACUUUUGAUGAUUCAGUAAGAAAUUUGACAAACGGUGCUGCGCAUAUUGGCCAUAAAACUGGAACAUAUUGGAAGAUUCCAUUCACCGUCAGCGAGUGAUAUCCUAUCCAUGACUAUGAGAGCGGUGUGCUUCUUGUGAUUAGGACCUUGGUGACUAGGGAACAUUCUCCAUCCGUAAGAGCAUUUGUCAUCGAGUUAUGGGAUUUCUUUCCUAGUGAUUCUUGGAUUUCCCGCAAACAUGAGUAUGUCAGCUGCAGUUCCCUCUGAGGAGGUUGCCGGGAUCAUCAUGGGCGGCGUCAGCGUGGUGGUCAUCACCUCCGUCAUCGUCUUCCUGUGCUGGAGAUAUCCCACCUGUAGAACACGAAGCUUCUGGGACAGGAGCGUCAAGAGAGCCAUCAGGAAGAUGUAUGGUAAAUGCAAGAAAAAGCCGAAGAAAGAGGAAAAGAAGAGCUUAAUUGUUGGACCCCUUAUCAGGAAGAGGAGUAAGGAAGACCCACCAUUUGUUGUGCCACAAAUUUUCGUGGAUUAUGGGAGCAGACGUACAUCUUAUGCUUCAGCGUCGGACCACAUGAUGUUAGGAGCCCUUGCCCUUGACCUUCGCAGAGGGUCAAGUAGCAGCUGUGGUAGCAGAAGGACUUCUUUUGCCUCGGAUUCGGAUAGGAGGGGAUCCGCUAGCAGUCUUUGCAGUCGGAGGACUUCAUUUGCAUCCGACACAGAUCGGAGGGGGUCGGCAAACAGUCUUGGAAGUCGUAGAUCGUCGAUUUUGUCCGAUCCGUCUGAUCGGAGAGGGUCGGCAAGUAGUCGAAGUAGUCGUAAAGGUUCGGAUGGGAGUCGGAUAGACGAUACUGACGUCUCUUUUGCUGACUUCUCCGAUUCCGAAACGAUAGAGGGCGAGGACCUCCAUCGUAUCCUUGGGCGGAAGAAACUACGCGACAGACGUACAAGCUAUGGGUCGGGCUAUUCUUGGGGGACCCCCCAAUACGUCCCAGGGCCCGAAGCCUACGUUCAGAGGGAAGACCAAAGAAAGGGGAUCCCCCCCUACAGGCGCAGCCAUUCCUUGGCCGAGAUUCAACACAACCAGGUUGCCCGUCCUCAGCCACAAGAAGAAAUCGAUCGGAGUAUGUACCCAUCAACGCCACGACAACGUUACCAUGGAGAACGUCGUUCCACUCUCUCCUCCUUGGUGUUCAGUAGCAUUCAGGCUAUGGAUCAAACAGGGGCGGUUAUCCCCCCUUACCAGAAAAAGAAACCAAAAUCGCGUCAGGGCAGUAUAGGUCUGCCAGACACUCCAGUUGCCCUGCAUGACCUGAACCUGGAAGAGAUGAUCCCGAGGUACGCCCCGCCCGUGCAACCCACAGGGAAUCUGAAGGUGCAGCUACAAUUCUCCCACGACAACACCACGCUGACAGUCAUCAUAGUCGAGGCUCAGAGUCUUGUGAUUCCUGGAGUACCAAAGGAUAUCGAUGUCAACCCUUAUGUCAAAGCCUUCUUGGUUCCUGGGAGGACGUUCAAAUACAGAACCAAGACGCUCACGAAGACAACGGAUCCACUGUUUUUGGAAAAGUUUACCAUCAAAGACAUCGUGCCAACGGAAAUCAACGAAGAAUUUGCUCUGGAGUUCCAAGUGUACUCCUCACAUCACGUGUCACGGCGCCACCUGGUGGGGGUAGGGUCAGUCAAACUGACGGAUGUUGAGAAACUGACCAGUGGUCUGGUUGACUUGACCCUCAUGCCACAAACAGUCUACAGGCUCCACCAAGGGGAUCUGCGGAUAUCCGGUUGUUUUCAGCCAGUUGCGGGGAAGAUUGUCUUCAGCGUCUUGGAAGGACGCAACCUUCCUCGUGUGUCGCUGUUAGGAGCAAUAAACCCAUACGUCAAGGUUGAGAUGUACGUCAAUGGAAUCAGAGAGGGCAAACACAAAACUAAAGUCCGACAAAAUACUCAAGAUCCAGUAUGGCACCACCAGUGUGUGUUUGAGAUCAACAGGGAGAACCCCAAACUGCUAGGUCACGUGUUCGUGUUUCACGUGCUGCACAAAGACAUGAUGACCGGUGUACACAAGAUAGGCCAGGUUGACCUUGGUUGGUACAGCCAUGGCGAGCAGCUAGAGCAUUGGUAUGAGAUUAUGGAACACCCACAUCGCUCUGCGGACUACUGGCAUCCCAUCAUCAAAACUGGGAAAAUAUGUUCUUGACACUACUGUUUCCAUGGCAACCUGCUGAUCACGUGACUGUAACCCCCUGUAAAUGUCAGUAUUUGUAUAAUGUCCACACGUAUCUUGAUACUAAACUUCACCAAAAACCCUGAAUUACUGAACAUACAAUGUUUAUAUCGUGUUGAUAUCGACCGUGCUGGUGUGAUUUGGUGGUCAUAACACACAUGAAUGGUGGCUUCUUGUGGAUUCUGGAUGAGGACAUCAGAAGAUGACGAUGCAUCAGGAAGUCUUCUUAUCGGAACUGCUUAAAAUGCAUUUGUAUCCUCCAAUAUGUCUUCUGAUAAACAUCUUGCACUCAUUCCUUUGUCUUACAAAUUUGAACAUUCUUUCUUCUCUGUUUUACAGAUAUCGUUGACAAUACACAUUACCUUUAGAACCUCUAUUCUGUCAGUAUCAGGUUUUAAGUUCAUAUAUGUUUGCACCUAGUACCUCGUCUCGGUUGUACCCUUUGUCACCAGAACGCCCUAUUCCAGAAGGAACUCCAGUGUAAGCUAUAAGUCACAUGUUUACAACUCCGCUGCAAAAUGUAUGCUACGCUCUUUGUAUCCAUAUUUAUUUCAGCAUUUUUCCACGACAGUGAUUUUCAAUGUUUGGUUUGAUAACUAAUGUUCUUUUGUUGUAAUAGCAUUGUGUACCAUCACUAUACGGAGUCUCAUGCAUAAUGUUUUGUACAAAUGCAUCUCUGUUACAGGAGUCUAGAGUGUGCUGUCACAGUGAAACGUAUCAUAAACCUAGAUCUCACCACCGUUACUUAUUGCGUCUGGAAGGCGUGUUUUUGUAUGCUCUGUUGACCAAACAGUCUGAUACAUUGCAUACACAUAUCUGUCGCGUUGAAAUGUAUUACCUUAAUGUCAUGUAAAUAACACUCUGGUCAACUGUCUGAACACGAAUUGUGUCUCAAAGCAAUAGUCUGCACGUCAUUAUUGCUACUAGCUAUUAUAUUUAUAUCUCAUGUUUACAAUAGAAUUCUUACUUUUAAUGAAAAUAGAAAAAUAACAUCUUUGUAAUUCAUAGUAUUGUAAGACAUUCAUAUAUUUCACUGGCCAAUCAAUGUAUAUCAUAAUCAUAUCUGUUGUUUGAUAAAUGUAGAAAAAAGGAAACUGAUUCGAAAUCUUUGGAAUCUGUAGUUCAUUUGACAAUAAAGGAGUGUUAUACAACGUGAUAUUUCUAUAUGCCGAAAAACGGAAGAGUUUGUUCAGAUGAAGGACAAUAGGUGACCCGAAUUUAAGGGGGUAGGGAGGGGAAAUGGUGGAUGGGGACAGCCCGGGAGUAUCCUGUAAAAUAUGUAUUGUUCCAUAAAGAAAUUUUCUUCGUGUACUAGAAAAAAAUAAAUUGUAAAAUAAGUAAAAAGGAAAGUUUUCCUUUUGCAUAUAUAUCAAAUGAAUGUUUUGAAGCAUCUGACAUGUUGAAAUGAUGGGUUUUCUAUUGAAUGUAAUUAUAAAUUUCGUGAUACCGUUUUGGAUUUUUGUCUCAUGAGUCAUCGAUACAAGGCAUUAUAUUUUGUUUGUUGUGUCGUAAGUCUUUACCCAUAAAUUGCAUUUGUUAUAUUCUAUUUCGAAGUUUUCCAAAUAUGAGAUAUUACGUUGGACCCAGGUAAAUUUGGAUGAGACUGGGCUCACGUCUUACGUUAGAUGAUAUUUUUGUUAUCAAUUAUGUUUUAAUUCGUUUAUC